AUGUCAUUCAAUGACCAUGAUGACCAUGCUCAUACCGUGUCGAAAUCUGCAUCCAGAGCAGGAUCAGAUAUCGAUAGUCGGCGACUCAACGAGCUACCGAAUAAGUACGCUACUGAGGAGGCCAUCCGCACUGUCUAUGGAUCAUAUUUUCGAUACAGGCUUCCAGUCCUCGAUGAUACGUUUCUUCACGAAACCGUAACAAAAGCGUACAACCCUCUCAAGAACACAAACGCUGCACGAUCUUCACUUUCAGCCAAGGCAUGCGUGUGGGCUCUCCAUGCCAUCUCACGACGAAUGAAACCUGCAGGGGACUCUUCCCUGUAUCUAGACGGCGAAACGUGUGCCACUAGAGCACAAACCCUCCUCAGCAUCGCCAUUGAAGAGUCUUGCAUUGAGACUCUUCAAGCAGUACUUCUUGUUCAAGCCUAUCAAGAAUCAUCGGGCCAAUGGAGAAGCUACAGCUCCCUUCAUCUACACGCUUGUCGUAUAGUAUGCGACCUCGGUGGCCAUCACAGUCAUCCUGCCAUGUACGCAUGCAUUGACGACCUUCUCCACGAAGAACGCUAUCGUUACAUCAGAGAACUCUUCUGGCUGUGCUACCUGGCAGAUAAGGAUGUCUCGUUUCGAUCAGGUCGACCUCCACUUCUGACUGAAACCUACUGCGACUUAUCUCUGCCCAUGGGGCUUGAAGCCUCAAAUCCAGCAGAAAGCCAGAUUAUUCAUCUGAUGAUAGAGUCCAACUUUCACCUGCCUUCCGAUCCCCGUUUAGGCGUGAUCAAGGAGAAAACAUGCCGCCUUCUCUAUUCUGCGCAGGCUUUUGGGAUGUCCGAUAGUCAGCUUUUGGUGCAUAUUCGUCAGUUGGACGACGAACUUGAACAGUGGAGGGUUUCUGUACCUGGUCCUCUGCGGCCACGACUUUCUAUUCCAUCAAGCCUCACACUUGGUUCACCCCACGCGAGCAUGUCACAAAAUGCAAAAUACAUCAAUCUGCAACUGGACUAUCACUACACUUUAGUAAUGAUACACACGUCAGUUCGGAGGUCUGGUACUGCCAAAGGAGACGAGAGUCUACCCGAAGACCUCCACAAGGUUGUUCACUCCAGUGUUGACAUCUCGCUGGAAGCCGGCCGCUCGACUUUAGCAUUCCUAAAGGCAUCUGUUGAUGUCUUGGAAGAAGGGGCAUUCGGGUACGAUCAAUCAAAUUUCUCGCACUUCAUGAGGCACGAUUACACGAGCUAG